AUGGGAAGCAUAGGCAUAUCCAGCACCACGGACCAUGUGGUCUCCGAACUCGCUCAAGAAUAUCCUGAGCAGAUCUUCACGCCAGGCCAGCCUUCAUACAUAGCUAACCAACGAAGCUACUGGUCCGAGAUGCUGAAAGAGAUUGCGCCGCGGUGUUUCUUCCAACCUCGCAGCGCAGCGGAAGUUGCGCGCGCUGUUUCGCUCUGUGUCCAGGCGCAAUGCCCGUUCGGCGUCAGGAGCGGAGGACACGCCCAUGUUUCGGGUGCGUCGUGCGUGCCGGAUGGCGUCCAGAUCGAUCUGUCGAAGCUAAACACAAUCACAAUCGAUCGAACCAGCAGCACCGCGCAGGUCGGGGCAGGCAAUACGUGGAGACGGAUCUAUGGCGAGCUUGAGAAGCAGGGCUACACCGCCGUUGGCGGAAGAUCUGCAGAUGUUGGGGUCGGUGGAUUUCUUGUCGGUGGAGGUAUUUCGUUCUACGCUGCCGAACACGGCUGGGGCAUCGACAACGUUCGAGCUUUCGAGGUCGUACUCGCCUCGGGAGAGCUAGUCACCGCAAGCCCGAACAGCGAGCCGGAGCUCUUUCGAGCUCUAAGGGGCGGCGGGUCCAAUUUCGGCGUCAUCACGUCCUACACUCUCAACAUCUACCCUUACCGUGGUAUGUGGGGAGGUCGUACUCUGGUUGACCCUAAUUGCGCCCAGGAAGCGAUCGAAGCGUACGCCGACUUUAUCCCCAAGUUGGACGCCGACCCCAAGGGCCACACGAUAGUCAUCUUCGACACUAACGGGGAAGAAGUUAUCAUUCGACAAUACCUGGUGUAUUCGCAACCGACGCCGAAUCUCCCCAUGUUUCAUGCCCUGCUCAAAGUGCCCACUCUGGAAUCUCCUAUUGGGCUGACGGACUACUCGGCGCUGGCGGCAGACAUUGCCGAUCUCCAAGGCGGUCACGGCCUUCGUCACAACUGUUCCACGUUGACCAUCGGGCUGGACGUGGAGCUCAUGCGGUACACGUACGAUCUGUACGUCGAGGCAUCUCGAGCAGCAAAGGGCUGGGCCUAUGGAUGCCUAGAGUUUCACGCCGUUCCUCGCUCCCCCAAGCCCGAGGAAAACAUGUACAACUUGAAGAGGGACGACGGGCAUCUGGUAACUAUCAUGUUGGCAUUCAGCACUGCAGAGUCCCAGUACGAUCAAGCCGUGCUGGACAUGCAGAGUACCAUACUCGGCAAGAUCAAGGACGAGGCGAUCCGUCGUGGGCUCUACCACCCGUUCCUGUUUGCAAACUACGCCGGGACAUUCCAGGAUGUGGUCGGGAGCUACGGCGAGAGCAGUGUCAAAUACCUAUCCAAGAUGAUUGACAAAUAUGACCCGGACCGAGUUUUCCAGCAGCUCAAGCCCGGCGGGUUCAAGGUCGAAGCUGCUCUCCGGCACCGACCUACCCUAGGGUCAGAAAGGUUUCCGGGACCGGAACAAACCCCAAAGCUUUAG